AUGACCAGCCCCCAGGCAGCGUACACGUCCGCCUCGAAUUCAACGUCAACAACAACAAAUCCGGUCCCCGCUCAGACGCAAACUCUAUCUCCUACGCAGGCAUCUUCUUCUGCGUCACCCACCAUCUCCGCCAUACCCUCCACACCGGUCACAGCUGCUGGCUCGAAUAUCCCUCCAACCACCCAGCCACCCACGGAGCCCAUCGCAGCUAUGGCGGAAAAAUCACCCAACGCGGCGGCGCCCGGACCCUCCACAUCGGUGCCCAUCCCCAUCACAUCAGAGAAGUCUAGUGCCACACCCGCUGCAUCUUCCUCGAAACCCACUACCUCGCCUGCCGUCCCCGCGGCAUCGGCAAAGCCCACAGCAUCAGCAAUGAAGCCACCGGCGCAGAAGAAGAAGCGGAGACGGAAGGGCUUUGCGGGUUUCCUCCUCUCUAUGGGGUGCCUGUCGGCGAGCGAGUUUGAGGAUGAUCCAAAGGAUGUCAAGAAGAGGGAGGCGGCGGCAAGUAAGAGUGGAGCGAGCAGCAGCAAGACGGAAGUGAAGCCCGUACCGGCAGCGGCGGCACCGGUCGUCAAGGAGAAGCAGGAGGGGAGCAAGACGGCAGAAGUCAAGCAGGCGCCAAGUACGGGUGUGAAUGGUGCGGGUGUGGCUGCUGGUGCGGCCGCAGGAGCUGCUGCAGGGGCUGGCGGUCUUGUGCUGGGUAAUGCCAUAGGGAAGCGGGAGAAGGAUGAGGUAGUGGCACCGCCUGCCGAACCUGUUUCACCACCACUUGACGAGACCGCUGGUAUGACCUCCUCCGCCGUGCAACCUCCGGGAUCUGGCUCUGAGCUCCUACAAACCACUCCUUCCCGGCCUACCGCCGUUCGCCGCGAAUCAGAGGCAGGCACCCCUUCUGCGGAACCAACGUCAUCAGGCGGAUACACGGAAAUGCUGCAGACGGAAGGCACGGACAGUCAGGACAGGGACGAAAAUGGGGAGCAUGCGGACGCCGAUGGAGAGGAGGAGUAUGGAGUGGAGGAGGAAUACGAGGACGAAGAGGAUCGGUUGAUCGCUCAGGGAGGUAUUGGAAUUCCGCUGGACGAGUAUGGACGCCCCGCUCCACUCCUACCGCCAAUAGCGCCAGAACAUACUGGCCGCAAGUGUCUCGUGCUCGAUUUAGAUGAAACGCUUUUACAUUCCAGCUUCAAGAUGCUUCAAUCCGCAGACUACAUUGUCCCCGUCGAGAUCGAAUCACAAACACAUAACGUAUAUGUCAUCAAGCGUCCCGGAGUUGACCACUUCUUGACCGAGAUGGGCAAGAUAUAUGAGGUGGUCGUGUUCACUGCCAGUCUGUCAAAGUAUGCGGACCCCGUGUUGGAUAUGCUCGACCCGAACGGUGUGGUCAAGCACCGCCUGUUCCGUGAGAGCUGCUACAACCACAAGGGGAACUACGUCAAGGACCUCUCACAGCUUGGCCGGACCAUGGAGACCUGCAUCAUCCUGGACAACUCUCCCGCCUCAUACAUCUUCCACCCCAACAACGCCGUACCCGUCUCUACAUGGUUCAAUGACCCUCACGACACGGAACUCACCGACCUCUGCCCAUUCUUAACGGAUUUGGCGGCGGUCGACGACAUUCGGGGCGUCCUCGACGGGACGCUCUGA